CUCCUUCUGCUGUAUUUUGCCAGUAGAGCCUUGUAUUUGAGCCUAAGUCUCGUUUCCUGAAGGUUGGUUGCAGUAAGAAUAGGAUUGUGCUUUCACACCGUGCGUGUCCGUCACUAUGGCAUCGCUGACAUCUUCAAGCCGCAGAUCCUCCUCAUCGUAUUGCUCGUCAGCACGUUACAGCACCUCUAGCUCCUAUUGCACAGAAAGAUCUCUGGGUGGAUCAUCUGAUUCACUGGAUACCAUUCUUGAGCCUUUUCUUGACUAUGCUGAUCAUUCCAGUCUCUUUGGAGAGGAGGGCCCCGGAGGACCAAACUGCCUGGCCCCAUUCAGAAGGCACAGCAGAUCCUCCUGUGGAUAUACUGCUCCUGUGGCGGGUGCUGUGACGGGUGGACAGACCAGCACAGGCAGUGGGGUGAGAUGUCUGGGAGACAGCUACUACAUGUCAGUUGAUGUCAGCCAGUUUGAGCCACAUGAUGUAGUGGUGCUGGCGUAUAACCACCAUGUGGUCAUUCACGCCCAGAAGGUUUUGGACGAUGGAAGCAUCAGUGACACGUUCACCCAUAAGUCUUUGUUCCCUGAGGAUAUGGACCCCUUGUCAGUGAGUGGGACCUUUAACCCUGACGGUAUCCUGGUAGUGAGUGUUCGCCGGAUCGCAACACUCGUUGGGCCAGAGCACCUGGGUAUCCCCACCUACCACAGUGAGGCUGACCUUUGACUUGUAUGCUCAAAGUGCUUCUUGUGGUAUCUCAGCCACCCUGGUUUUAUAAUUAUCUUUCAUAAUGUAUAGUGUUGUUAG